GAGGGGUGGGUCUGUCAAAAAAAAGAUGAAGAUAAAGUCAAAAAGAAAAAAAAGAGAAUUCUCCCUCGUCCAGUGAAAGUUGGAAUGUGAAGAUUUUCUUCCAAAGGGCAUUUGUGUGCAUAAAGAGACGGAAUGGCCAUAACUUUAUCGCGUUUAAUUAUUUCUAUUGUUUUGGUUUUGCGGAUAGAUUUCGGGGCAGAAGGAUAUGGUUCUUGCAGAGAGGCCAAUUUGUGCUGCACUGGGAGAGAUGGCAGUUGUAUGGUGCAGUCUUUUGCAGAAGAAAGUGUUAAUUCGGUGAAUUCCAAUGUACAGAGUGAUCAUCCACAGGAUAAACCUUGUUAUUGCGACCAUGCUUGCCUGCGACUAGGUGACUGCUGCUACGAUUUUCAAGAAGUAUGUGGAGUGGUAGAUUGUAAAGUAUCUGCUUGGAGUUCCUGGUCAGACUGUAGUGCAGUAUGCGGCUUUGGUACAAUGAAGAGAGAAAGGCAUGUUAUUAAGCACGAAGUCAAUGGAGGGCAAAGUUGUCCAGAAUUAUUGCAAAAGAGAAGCUGUUAUGGCAGUCAAUGUGAUAAACAUUCUCAUUCAAAGGCCAAUAGGGAGAUAGCGAUGAUUUUACCAGCUACUUAUUCUGUCAUUCGGCAACUCAACGCCAGUCAUGACAUAAGAAGUAAUCUUCGACUACGAUAUAGGAAGGAUCCUGAACAAGAAAAAAGUAAAGAGUACUGUGUGGUAUUUGAACUUUUGAAAACAAAGAAAGCUUGUGAAAAUUUGGCAACUGAAAUAUCUUUAAAGAUAGAGAAAGGCUCUAUGGUGUGUGUGUCUUGCGAAACUGCAGCUAUGCGCAAGCAUCUUGGAUAUCGUUGCCAAGGUCAUGGAGUGGAGCACAAAAGUACAAGAUUUGCAUUUUUAUCUUUUCCUCAAUGUCAUGGUAGGUGGAAGAAAAAAGAAACAGUGGAGAAGUGCAAUUGUGACGAAGAAGGAAAAGCUAAUUUCAUUUUUGUAUAAAACAAUUUGUAGAAAAAUAAAAAGUAUUUGUUGUUUUCAAA